CGGGGAUUUCGGAAGAAUACACCAGGCGAGGAGCGAUGGACGAGGCCAAGGCCGACGAGUACGCGGCCCAGCGCCGCCUCGACGAGGCCCACAGCUUACGCGACGACUCUCUCAUGCAUCUGUCUGCGGCGGACGGUAGCGGCCACGCCGAGUCCGGCGACCACGACGGCCAGAACGUCGAAGACAUGGAAGAGUUUGACGAGAUGGAGUUUGUCGAGCUCAACCGCAAGAUUGCCAAGCAUACGAAGGGCGGCGACAAGAUGGGUAAGGUCAUGAAGCCGCUUCGACCGUCCAAGUGCCCACUGACGAGCGAGAUGAAGACGACGCGCGCUGCGUCGCGAGUCAUUGAGCGGCUCGGUAUCGAGCGCGUCCAAGAGAUUCAGACCGAGUACGCUGCGCUCAAGUCCAAGUUCGGCGAGCACGAGUACGAAAAGGCCAACGCGAUGAUCCGCAACCUCAUGGCCAUGGGGCUGAGCCAGAUUGAGAUCCGUGGUAUCCUCGGCGUCGGCGGCUACCGUCUCCAGCGACUGUACAGCGCGCAGCUCACCAAGCCGCACGAAGGCCACUACAUUAGCGACGCGACGAUCCACGUGCCCGUCAUCUCGACGAUCCCCAACCUGUGCGACGUUGUGCUCAAGAAGAUGUCGUCGUUCCCGCAGCUGCUCGAGCGCAUCACGUUCACACCCAUCAACCCGUCCGAGAUCGACCCGCAAGACACGAUGCUCAUGAAGCUUAUUGAAGACUCGCAAGUGCUUCUCGGGGACCCCAAGGCGUGUCUCAAGGUCCUUCCCGUCGCGCGCAAUCUCAAGUGGAUGCAGUCGACGUUUGCUGGCGUCGACGCGCUCUUGCACCAAGAGAAGCGCAACUUUGCCCUCACGCGCGCCGGCGGCAUCAUGGGCGUGCACAUGGCGCAGUAUGUCCUCGGGUGGAUCAUUGCAAAGGAGCGCCAUUUCAUGCACGCGGUGCAGUUCCAGGCCAAGCGCGAGUUCCGACCGCUCGAGAUGCGGUACCGGCACUUUAAAGAGGUGACGGUCGGCAUCCUUGGCUUUGGCGACAUUGGCAUGGCGAUCGGCAAGCUUGUAUUCAACGCCGGCUUUCGCGUCGUGGGUCUCAAACGGGACAUUGCGCACCACGCGGGCAUCGACUGCGGCAUUGAAGUCUCGGAAAACCUCGAGUACGUCUUGUCCCGCGCCGACUAUGUCGUCAACGUGCUGCCGAGCACGCAGGCGACGCGGCACUGCCUCUCAGGCGACGUGCUCCGGGUCUGUGCGAAGAAGAAGGCGUGCUUUAUCAACGUCGGCCGCGGUGACGUCAUUGACGAAGCGUCGCUUGUGAACGCGUUCAAGCGCAAGUGGCUCUCGAGUGCUGUCCUGGAUGUGUUUGCCGUCGAGCCGCUCCCGAUCGACUCGGUGCUCUGGACGCAUCCGCUCGUGACGAUCACGCCGCAUGUUGCUGCGCUCAGCAUGGCCGAGGACGUCGCGGACGUGUUUUGAAAACCUGUGGCUGUACCUCUCCAACUCGGCGCUGAGCUACUUGGUCGAGUGGGAGCGUGGGUACUAGGCAAUGGAAGGGACAUCAUUAUAUGCAGCGUA